GAUGUUACUUGCUUGAACAACCCACGUGAAACAGAGAAACUUGUUUCUAAGGCUGUCAAACUUGGUUUAGAAACAAUCGCUAUUUGUCAAACCUUUCGCCUUGAAACUGUGAAAAAAGAAAGAAAGAGCGCCGCGAAACUGACCCCAGUCAACUUGGAUAAUUACCCAGCGAUACAGGAUAUGAAGAAAAUGAACCCACGAUUGAAAGUUUAUACACGGUUAACUGUACAGCUAGACGACCAAAGCCAGGUGCAUCAACUGUCCAGUGAUCCCGUACAAUCCCAUGAUAUCUUAGCAGUUCAACCGGCCAUAGAGAAGCUUUUCCAGCAAGAAAACGCUAGAUGUUGA